AUGAUAAUGGACAGUGUAUCAAGUCCAGAACAGCCUAAAAAUAAAAUUCUAGUUACAUUUGGGGAUGGUGACAGUAUCCAUCAGAGAGAAUUAAUUUCUCAGUUAUUUGGAAUUGAUAUUGGUAUUGGUGACAGAAUUGUAAAAGGUUUGGUUUGGAAGACUAAGUACUAUAGAGUGGAGUUUGAUCUUUACAUUGACGAUUAUAAUGACUUCUCUAGUUGGUUCCAAGAGUUUGCUAGUGAGGAAUUCGCAGCUUUGAGGGAAGCUAUGGCAGGAUUGGUUGUAGUGGAUCAAUAUGAGCCAACUAAACCGUUGAAUCCUCUUGGUCUUCAAGAUACAUUUGUUGUUUGGGUUAAUACAGAUUCUAAAGUUGGCCAGGACCAGGUGGAUGAGAUAAACGAUAAACUGUUCCAAACUGAGGAAAGUACAGUUGAAUUAGUUAAUCUACAUUCGAAUGAAGAUACCAAUGAAUACGGUGAAAAAAUCGGUAUACCAAGAUUUAAAGAAAUUGUUGAUACUUGUUCAUGGAAGAAUUGUGAUAUGGAUUAUUUAACUAGCACUAGUAGCACUACAAAUCCUGAAGUUUCAUUAGAAUUGAUCGUUCAAAGGAUGCAACAUGCAAGGCUAAAGCAUGCCAAUAGUGAAAUGGACAAUGAUGAAGCACUGCAAAUUGCACAAGAAAUUGCAGAAGAAUUGACGGGCAAAGAAGAUUGA